AUGUUUAAGUCUCAAUUUCUUAAUAACUUUACAAUUCUCAGGUUGGCAUAAAGAAUCAUUAUAAAUGCUAAUGAACCAUCCUUAGGUUUAUAAACUGUUCUGAUAAUUGAUAAUCAAACUGGAAAUAUCUUUGAACAGCAAGAAGCUCCCUAGAUAGAAGGGGAAGUUUGUUUGGAAGAGAUACAAGCAUCAUCAAUUUUAGGUAUAUAUUAAGGACAGCUUUAAAAAUAUUUAAUUGUGUGUAAGAAGUGCGAAUUAGUGGCUUAAGUAUUAAAAUAGAAAUACUAUAGAAUUCAAUCUGUAGGCUUUAUUGGAUUUCAAUUUUGUUUAGAUAAAAAAAUGUAUUAGGAUGAGUAUGGGCAAAUGUAAUCUAUAAAAGAAUACUUGUCGAAUCAUUUUUACUUUAGUUACAAUGGUAAUCCAGCUCAGCCGUUAUAGAGCUACUACACAAAUAAUUAUAGGGAUUUUUCAGAAUUUUUAUGGAAUAAUCAUCUUACAAAUAAAUUUUAGGAUUACGACAUUCAGCCACAAUGGUAUUGUAAAAUGAUUUAAGGCUAUGUUGGAUAAUUUCAGAGUAAACUAGGGAAUGAAUAGAUUAAAUAUAUUCUGAUUAGUAGAAAAUGCAGAUAUUAAUCAGGUACUAGAUUUCAUCAUAGAGGAAUUAAUGAUGAUGGCUAUGUAGCCAAUUAUGUAGCAACAGAAUUUAUUGUUAUGGUUAAAGGGUUUUGCAUAAGUCAUGUUAUUUAUAGAGGUAGCGUUCCUACAUUUUGGAAGCAAAAAGGAAUCACAGGAUAAGUGAAAAUUACAAGGAAUGAAUAACUAUGUGUUCAUGCUUAUCUUAAACAUUUUAAUGAUUUGCAAGAAUGUUAUAAAAACAUAAGUUGUAUUAAUUUGAUGGGGGAAAAUACAUCUGAAAGCACCCUAAAUGAGGCUUUUAAAAGCAUAGUAGAAAAAAAUUAAAUAGAUGGAGUUAUUUUAGUUCGUAUUGAUUUUCAUAAGAUUUGCAAAAAUGAGAAAUUUAAAUAAAUUGAUAAUUACAUUCGAGGAUCAGAUGACAAAAGUAUUGAAUUUGAUUGCUUUGCACUAAAUACAGUGAAUUAAUAAAUAAUGUCUUUGCAAUAAGGAUCAUAUAGAGUCAAUUGUUUAGAUUGUUUGGAUAGAACUAAUGCUUAUUAAAGUCGUUUGUGUUUAAGGAUUACCGACUUACUUCUUGUAAAAUAUUAAGUAAAUCAUGAUUUAGAUUUACUCUAUAUGAUUGAAGAUACUAAAGCCUGUGAGUUCUUGAAUUAAUAUAGAGUAAUUUGGGCUGAGAAUGGAGAUGCUAUCAGUUAAUUAUAUUGUGGAACAAAUGCAACCACCAGUGAAUUUACAAAAAAAGGAAAAACAACAUUCAAAGGAUUCUUUACUCACAAUUUGGCAUCAAUUGGAAGAUUAUUUAAUUAGACAUUUAUUGAUUCAACUAAAAAUUAAAUAAUUGAAUCCUAUUUGCAUGGAAUCCAAAAUUAAAGAUCUUCUCUUUAAAUUUAUCUGCAAAGUUAAGUUAAAUCUUAUUGUAAAUUUCAGAAAUUUAAGUUAUUUGCUUUAACUUGGAAUGUAAAUGGCAAUUUAAUUCUAAAUUUGUAAAAAGACGUGUUAGAAUUUCACUAAGAUUAUAUCCCAGACUUUAUUGUUAUUUCUUUAUAAGAAAUAUAGUAAUAUAAAGCUCACAAGAUAAUUGGAUAAAACCAAGAUAUUGUAAAUGAAUGGAUUAAAAGCAUUGAAUCAUCUAUAAAUAUGAAUGGAAAGUAGUUCUGUUUGGUCUAAUAAGAAAAUUUAGUGGGAAUGUUAAUAUUAAUCUAUUCUAAAGUUUCUCUUGUCUAACUCAUCAAUAAAAUAUCAACUGAUAGAAUUAAAACAGGUCUUGAAGGUCAUAGUGGAAACAAAGGAGCAUGUUUAAUUAGAUUUUAGAUUAAAGAUUCUUAAAUUGCUGUUUGCAAUUGCCAUUUAGCUUCUGGAUAUAGUAAAAAUAAACGAAGAAUGGAAAGUCUUGAAGAAAUCCAUGAAAAAGCUUUUAAAAAUUAAAUGAAACCACUAGAUUCAUCAGAUUAUACUUUAUUAAUGGGAGAUAUGAAUUUUAGAUUAAAUUCAAAUUAAGCUACAACUCUGGAUCUAAUUGAAUAACAAAAGUAAGCUGAAUAAUCAUAUGAGGCAAAAGCAAAAUAUCCUCUGCAAGAAUACUAAGAAGCCUGCAUUACUUUCUUACCUACAUAUAAAUUAAAUGCUAAUCAUACAUAUUAGACAAAGAAAUAAGAAUAAAUUCCAUCUUACUGUGAUCGAAUUUUUAUUAAGACAAAUGAAUAAGCCCUAAUCAAAUAAUUAUUUUACAAAAGUAUUGAGAGAUUUGACAGUGAUCAUUUACCAGUCACUGCAAUGUUUAUUAUUGAUGUUAAAACAAUAGAUAAAGAAAAAGAAGCUAAUUUAAUAAAGGAAUUUACUUAAAAAAGUAAUCAAUUAGAAGAGGAAGAAAAUACUAUAGAAGAAUAGCAAAAAUAAGAAAAAUCAGCAACAUAAAAGUCAGAAAAUAAAAAAGGAAUAUUUUAAUAAUUUAAAGAUAAAUUUCUUAAGUGA